AUGGGUGUCGAGUAUGGACAGGAGUGCUACUGCGGGACAGCUCCCAAUGUAGGCAGCGGUAUACAGCCCCAGACUGACUGCAAUGUACUAUGUUCGGGCAACAGCCUGGAAUACUGUGGAGGUGGCUGGCGACUGGAUAUGUAUGAGAUCCAGAAAAACCGUCUCAUCCCAUUAUCGGCAUCUUCCAUUGCAUCGACAAUAUCUUCCGUGGCCUCCACCUACGCUUCCUCCGCCAGUGCUGUCUCUUCUGCCACGCUACCAGCAUCUACUAAACUAUCAUCGACCAGUCCAAGUCUUACGAUCUUAUCCUCCAGCGUGAUCUCGCCCUACAGCGCAUCAACUUUUGCAUCUUCGGUCUCGGUAGCCUCGUCAUCAAAACUUUCGCUUUCAUCGUCCGUACUAGGUUCCACUAUAGGCUUGGGCAGCGUAUCUUCCGCAACUUCGUCCGCGAUCUCGUCCUCUGGGUUAGCUUCGUCCAGCAAGCCAGUCUCGACCUCCGUCUCAUCUGUCGGUGCAGCGUCGUCGAUCAUGUCAUCCUCCACAAUAUUGUCUUCCAAAUCAUCAUCGUCCGCCACGCUCUAUUCCACCACACUAUCCUCCUCCGUACUACCCUCGAGCAAACCCUCGUCGACGACGCUCUCGUCUACCAAAUUGUCCUCGACCAUUAUCUCUUCCACUACAUCAUCAUCUGGUCGAAUCUCCUCAACAUCGCUGUCCUCUACCACAAAACUCUCAACCACCAUCUCAUCCACCACCUCAUCCAUUAGACCAUCAUCCAACAAACUGUCCUCAACAUCGCUAUCCUCUACCACAAAACUUUCAACCACCAUCUCAUCCAUUAGACCAUCAUCCAGCAAACUGUCCUCAACAUCGUUAUCCUCUACCACAAAACCCUCAACCAGCGCAUCAACAAUCUCAUCCAUAAAGUCCGCACACCUUUCCUCCACGAUCUCCUCCACCCUCUCCUCCACCAUUCCCUCAAUCCACACCCUCACCGUCGGCGAGCUCUCCUCCUCAGGCUGGUCCUACCUCGGCUGCGCCAACAACUCCGUAACGCCGCGCGCCCUCUCCGGCGCCUCCUACACCGACACGUCCGGCAUGACCAUCGAGUCCUGCCAAUCCUACUGCAGCACCAACGGCAACAACUUCCCCCUCGCCGGCCUCGAAUACGGCCAGGAAUGCUACUGCGGCUCCGGUCUCCAAAACUACGCCGCGGUGGGCAAGUCGGGCUGCUCGGAACCGUGCGCGGGCAACGCGUCCGAGAUCUGCGGCAGCGCCAACCUACUCAGUCUGUACAACCUGACGAGCUACCAGCCUCCGUCCACGGUUCCGCAGGUCGGCUACUACGUCUCCCAGGGCUGCUACAACGAGGCGCCGAACGGGCGCCUGCUCGGCGGGCCCUCGUACUCGAACGCCUCGGGCAUGACGGUCGAGUCGUGCGUCCAGUUCUGCCAGGCUUCGACCCCGACCAUGCCGGUCGCGGGCGUCGAGUCCGCCCAGGAGUGCUACUGCGCGUCCACUCUGCCGGGCUCGGCGACCGCGGCGAGCUCGAGCGGUUGCGACGUGCCGUGUUCGGGCAACCGGAAGGAGUUUUGUGGCGGGAGUGGGCUUUUGAACGUUUAUGAGUAUAAUGCGACGAGCGUGAGUGCGCAGGGCGUGCCGGCUACGGGGAGUCAGUCGUGA